AUGUUGGGGCAAAUUGUAUUCGACGGCGAGACCGUGUCGGACGGCGACCGGAGCUGGGCCGUUGAUCCGGCGAAACGCAACUCGGGACUGGUUUUCCAGUCAUAUGCACUUUGGCCGCACAUGUCCGUGCGCGGCAAUGUUGAGUGGCCGCUGAAGGUCAUGAAGAUGCCGAAGAUCGAGCGCGCUGCCCGGAUCAACGAAGUUCUGAACUUGCUUGAGAUCAGUCAACUGGCCGACAGGGUCGAAAUGCGCACGGAACUGAUGCGUCUGCAUCGCGCAACCGGUGCAACAACAGUCUAUGUCACCCAUGAUCAGAUUGAGGCCAUGACGAUGGCCACUCAUGUGGCGGUCAUGAACCACGGCAAGGUGCAACAGUUUGGAACACCAGCCGAUUUGAUCAACGCUCCAGAAACUGCGUUUGUCGCGACCUUUGUUGGCACACCUCCCAACAACAUGAUCCCUGUCGUCAAGAAUGGCAGCGGCUACAAGGUCGGUGGGCGGGCCAUGCAGCUGUCACCGCCCUCGGACGAUUGCCUGGCCAUGUACCGGGCUGAAAAGAUAUCCGUAAGCGAAACAGAAAGCGCCGUGACAUUGCCGAUGGAACUGGUCGAAACCAGCGCCAUUGCCGGGCGCACCAUGGUCACGGGGCUGCGCGACGGUCUGCGCCUGACCGCCAUUGUUGACAGUACGCCGCCUGUCCGAAGUGGCGACACUGUCCAGUUUUCACUGCCGCCUGAACCGGAUUGCUGGUUUAGCCGCACUGGCGAGAGGCGUCUUCAGGGACAGGCCGAUAUCGGGUUGUCCGAGCGCGGAAGAUCGCAAGCCGAUGCUCUGCGGAGUGUCAUCACAGGCAUUGGUCACUGCCGUGCGGUGUCCUCGGAUCUCAGGCGUGUCAGUGAGACGGCUCAGCGAAUUGGGGCGGAAAAACCCAGGUUUACAGAAGAUCUGCGGGAAAUUGACGUCGGCGACUGGACCGGACGCCCGAUCGAUGACAUUCGAGCCGAGGACGAAGCUGCCUAUCUUGGAUGGCGGGCGGGCACGUUCGUGCCGCCUGGAGGCGAGGACUGGGCCCCUUUCGCAGACCGUGUUUGCGCUGUCAUAGAGGAUGAGCUGCGAAAUUCCUGCCAGAACCUGCUCGUUGUUUGCCAUGGCGGCGUCAUUCGCGCGAUCUUGCAACGCUACCUCGGCCUUGCUCCUGCCUGCGUGAUACCGGUCGCUCCGGCCAGCCUGAGUGCAUUGCGAAUGGGAAAUGGCAAGCUUCCGCGACUGGAACUCUUCAACUAUUUGCCCGACAGCCUGGAAUUCGGAGCACCUGACUGA